AUGGCUGCCGCUCCACCCAGCGUACCGACGGAGCUGAAACCGGUCUCGCCGUACCUAGCGCGGGCGCACGAGCUUGCUAAAGCCGAGCCAGUCAUCUCCUACUGGUGCACCUACUAUGCGCUCCAACAGGGCAUGUCGUUGCGGACCAAGGACGCGGAGAGUCAGGCGUUCAUGCUCGGGCUUAUGGACAAGCUGGAAGAGAUGAAGGCGCAGCACACCUCGAACGAUGCUUUCACGGACGACGUCGCAGCCGCGGCGUACAUCGAGAACUUUGGACUCAAGCUGUUCUCGCAGGCGGACAACGAGGAUAGGAAGGGCAAGGCGACGAGGCUCACGGCGCGGAAGUUCCUUGCGGCCGCCAACUUCCUCGAGCUGCUGUCCAUCUUUGGCGAGAUCUCAAGCGAGAAUCGCGACAAGAUCAAGUACGGCAAGUGGAAGGCGGCUGACAUCGCAAAGGCGUUCCGCGAAGGGCGAACACCGACGCCUGGUCCGGCUGGAGGUCCGCAGGAAGGCGAGGAGGACGCCGUCGAGACGUCGCGAGUGUCCGCGGACGAGGCGAAGGAACUGUCGAAAGAGCUGGCGGCGAUGGACACGGGCGACAAGAAGGAGGAGGCGGAGUCCCGAGCAGCCGAAGAAGCCACUUCACCGGCCGACGUCUAUACGGGAGAGACGCCUGGCGACGAAUCCGCCUCCUACCCUUUCCCUCAGCAGCCGACGACUCUGCCUUCUGCACCACCAGACGCACCCGACUUCACCGACGACGAGCCUCUCCCGACCAUUCCGCCUUCUGCCCCAUCAUUCCUCGACGAGGCGCCUGCGCCCGCUUCCGGGCCAGAACCAACCAUCAACGAGAUGCCUAGAUCGCCGACGCAUCAGACGUCGGAGCUGCCUCAUCCGCACGCGCACGCUGCGUCCGAUCCGCCUGCCUUUCCCUCCGCCGUCUUUCCCGCCGCUCCUCCCCUUCCCCCUCAGCCCUCUCUUCCCGCCUUUGUCCCGCCGCCCGCGUCAUUCAACGCGCCGCCUCGCGUUCCCGACCCACCAGCACCUGUCGUCGAAGCCCGCCGCGACGACUUUGACCCGAUGACGAUCACGAAUGUGCAGAAGCACGCGCGGUGGGCCAUCUCUGCGCUCAACUACGAGGACGUCGAGACGGCGCGGAAGGAGCUGAGACUCGCUCUGGCGAUGCUGGGUGGUUGA